GAAAUACUGUCUAUACAACAAAGCUAGCAUUUAACAACAAUUCUGUUCCUCUCUUCUUCCCUAGCUUCUAUCCAGUUAGGCUUGCACCUUGACCCAGAGCUUCCACGCUUUCCUCUAUUCUAUUAAAGCUAUAUUAUCAAUCAAUUGUAGUGCCUUAUAAACCACAAAGAUGGGUUCUCUCACCCUCUGAGUGUAUGCAGCUGAGCGAGGAAGAGUUCUUAAGCGCUCACCGCAAUACCCAUUACGCGUCUUACCACGUUUGGGGCUCACGCCAGAGCUCUAAAUCACCUGUACAACGGGCUGUUGAGCCCCAGAUAAUGCAGCCACCAGCUUAUGGCGCUCCGGGUACCUUUGCGGGCCGGCGCGCUAUGCAGCCGCCCGGUGGAGUAUCUUCCAUAACCUUCGGCAGUGCUGGGGGCGAUUCGUCGGCCGCGUAUGGGGGUUCGAGUUACAGCAACCAGUAUGCAGCCGCGGGCCGCGGCCUAAGCUCCGGCUGGGGAAACGCUGCAGCUUCUCCCAGCGGCGCGUACGGGGCCGGCUACGGCGGCGGCGGUGGCUACGGCGCGGCCGCCAACUCCGACCUCUCAACGCAGCUCAACCUGCCUGCGCCAACGGCACGGAGGCCGCCCUCAGGAGGGCGACGUGCCGUUUCGCAGCCCGCAGCACUUCCCUCGGCCUAUUCGGCUUAUGGGUCAGGCGGAGGAGGCGGAGCGGGUGCAGGAGCAGCAGCGUAUGGUGCCGCAGGGGGCUAUGGUGCAUCUCCUGCAACAGCUGCAGGGUACAGCAGUGGUUACGGCGGCGGCAGCAGCGCGUACGGAGCCACUCCGAGCAGUAGCUACACGUCACCGUACGGAGGGUACGGAGGGGCCUCUUCGUACGGCAGUUCGGCAGCAGCCACCGGCAGUUCGUACAAUGUACAGGGUGCUGGAGUAUCUUCUUCUGCGUACGGUGCGCCAAGCCCCAUGGGAGCAGGCGCGUACGGAAACGGCUACGGGGCGGGUGGUUAUGGGGCCGGAAAUGCCGCUGGAGCUGGGUCGUACGGCAACAAUGCGUACAGCAGCAGCAAUAACGCAUAUGGUUCCGGAGGAGGGGCCGGUGGGUAUGGC